AUGACAAGACUUCAUCUUCCCCUCCUUCUACUAGCUGCUAGUGCAUCUUCCUUUGCACCCAAUGUCCAGACGGUUCAUCGUUUGGCUCCAUUGAAUGUCGGUGCCACUUACGAUGGCGACUGGAUGGAACAAGCCCAAUCUUGUGCCGAUUCUGAUUCCUGCAGCUUGGAAGAAAACAAGCUCUGCCUCGAGCAUGUCCUUCUUAUCCAGAGUGCCUGUUCGGCUGGAACUCUACUUGGUGAUCAAGUCUGUGAGGAUGUCACCUCGGCCGCCGAGAUUGUCGCCAAUUUGAGAAGCAAGAUUGACAAACAAAGUCAAGUUUUGAGCUCUAUGAUUGCUGGUACCAUGGUUGCCAGUGUACCUGUUCUUUUGGGUUUGUUUGCAGUCAUUGCGACAGUUGGAAUCUUGGCCGACCCAAAUGCGGCCCCCAUCACUCCUCAAGAAUGGUGGUGGAGCAUUCGUGACGGCUAUUUCCCACUCAUGCUCAAGGAAUACUAUGGAAACGGCGGGCUCGCUGGUGCUAGUCUGGAUGCAACGCCCUUUACGCUACAAGAAUUUGGGUGGGCCAUCAAGGGAGGAUAUUUCAAUACUCUGCUAUGGCAAUUCUUCCAACAUGGUGGUCUGCCCAUUGAUGAUUGUUUGGCAGCGGCAUCAACAACUCCUUUUACGCCCCAAGAGUGGUCCUUUGCAGCAAAGGAUGGGUACCUACAACAAAUCCUGUCGCAAACCUUUAUGAAUGGAGGUUUGGAAGGUGCCGAAUCGUCCACUCUACCCAUUACACCACAAGAAUGGGUCUGGGCGGCCCAAGGAAACUACCUUGGUGAUUUGGUGAAAAGUUCCAUCCAAAAUGGCGGUCUGUAA